ACUAAUUCAAAUCAGAUUUUACGCCCCUGGAGGAAGACAACUGAAUGUCCCAUUGUAAACAUCAUUUUUAGAUCCACUUUCCAAUUAGUUUUCGAAUCGAGUUACAUCGAAUGAGUCUCUUGAACCAGUCAGCAACAGCGUGCCCGUCCCGAUGCUCGAAGAUGGAGCGGUUUGGUAACAGAUCGCAUAGGCUGAACUCACGUUGCGUUAUUUAACGCGUCCACCUGCACUGCAUAGAAUACAUUUUUCUGGAGGACUAGCGAACGAUGGACCUGCACAUCUUGGACCAUAGAUUAAGGGUCACAUCCAUCAGUAAAUCGGGACUUGAACAGUACACACACCCCCUAAUCAAACUGAUAUUUCUCAGAAACCGGACGAGGUCAGAAGGAUUGCUCACACAAACACAACAUUAUCUCAUCCGAUGCAAAUUUUUCAGUCUCACAGAGACUCCGGAAAAUUACACCGUUGUCCUCGAUGAGGAAGGAUUUAAAGAGCUCCAGCCGUCUGAACACUUACAGGUGGAGGGCUCCACUUGGCUCCCGCUCAAUGUAGUCUCCAAUGGCAAUGCCUCCAGCAGCUCACAGGCCGUGGGCGUCACCAAAAUCGCCAAAUCUGUGAUCGCUCCAUUGGCCGAGCAGCAUGUGUCCGUCUUCAUGCUCUCCACCUAUCAGACCGACUUUAUUCUGGUGCGAGAGAAAGACCUGGCGGUGGUGGUGGAGACUCUAGCGGAGGAGUUUAAUGUUUUCAGAGAGGAGGGAGGAGAGUCAGUGCCUGUCCACAGUCAGGACGCCUGCAACGGCCUUCAGCGAAAUGGCAGAGAGGUUCCACAGGCAACAGUUCAUCCGGUGCUGAUUCCAGAAAAUCAUUUUUGCGUAAUGAGCUUGGAUCCAGACACACUGCCAGCGAUUGCCACAACCCUCAUAGACGUUCUGUUUUACUCUAACAGAUCUAAAGAGGAUGCCAGUGUUGAUCAGGACAUGGAAUAUAUCGUGUUUUUCUCCUUCUCUCUGAUUGAUGGAUACAUCUCUUUGGUGAUGGACACAGAAGCACAGAGACAAUUCCCCACUGAUCUCCUCUUCACCAGCUCUUCUGGUGAGCUCUGGAGGAUGGUGAGAAUAGGAGGACAGCCACUCGGCUUCGAUGAAUGUGGGAUAGUUGCUCAGAUCUCUCAGCCUCUUGCAGACAGUGAUAUAUCAGCGUAUUACAUCAGCACCUUCAGCUUUGAUCAUGCUCUGGUGCCAGAAGAAGAUUUAGCGAGCGUGACUGAGAUGCUUCAAGCUCAGAGGAUGUCCAGUUGAAAAAGUGUA